AUGACGAGAGCAAUCAAGUUUCCAAACCCUUCAAAUGAACAAAAGAGAGGAUGGUUGUCCCUAAGAAUCAAAAUAGCAGGGGACUUUAAAAAAGUAGAAGGGGCUCUAGGUAUCCUCCCUACAGGGGUCAAGGAGAAUAACCGAGGAUUACAUCAUAAUAGGUGGAGAAAUUCUCGGCCCCGGGGUCUUAGAGACAAUCCUAAAAAUCUCCAAGGCUGUGCUUAUUCAUGUAUCAUACAGCUUUUAUUUGUGUUUUUCAGUUUUGUCGGCGUACAAGAGUACCAAGCAUCUGACAUUGAGAUCUACCAUUGUCCAAACUGUCAACUGACACAAGGACCUUUAGUGUUGAAGAAGAGAAGGAACUGGCACAGACAUGAUUACUCAGAGCAGGAGGAUUCUUGUAAGGGAGCCUGUGUAUUGGGCAUUAAUUCUCCAGCUGUCACCAUUAAGAACAUCGAGUGUGCCAUUAUUGACCACGCUUUUGAGAUGGGAUGGAUAAAACCAGAGAUUCCUCACACACACACCGGCAAAAAGAUUUCUGUGAUCGGGAGUGGACCAGCGGGAUUAGCGGCUGCUGCUCAACUGAACAAGGCCGGUCACACAGUGAUGGUGUACGAGAGGAAUGAUCGAGUCGGGGGUCUACUUAGAUACGGUAUCCCCACAAUGAAGCUCGGCAAAGAUGUUGUACAGAGACGAGUGGACCUGAUGACAGAGGAGGGAAUUACGUUUGUCUGUGGACAGGAAGUGGGUAAAGACCUGUCUGCCUGUAAAAUAAUGGAGGAGAGUGAUGCCAUGGUCCUAGCCCUGGGGGCCACCUACCCCCGAGAUCUACCUAUACCAGGCAGGAAUUUGAAUGGUAUUCACUUUGCCAUGAGUUUCCUUGAGACAUGGCAGAAAGUCCAGAGUGGAAAUGAGAUGGAUUACCUCAAACUAUACGCCAAGGACAAGGAUGUUGUCAUCAUAGGGGGUGGGGACACGGGCUGUGACUGUAUUGCUACCUCUCUCAGACAGGGAGCGAAGAGCAUAACAUCUUUUGAGAUUCUCCCUCCUCCCCCUCCCACAUGGGCCGCCAACAAUCCCUGGCCAACCUGGCCACGCGUCUUCAAGGUCGAUUACGGACACGAGGAGGUCAAAAUCAAGUUUGGGAAGGACCCCAGAAUCUUCAACAUCAAAAGCACGGAAUUUGUGGAUGACGGAAAAGGGAAUGUGAGUGGAAUCAAAACGAUUAAAGUGGAAUGGAAGAAAGACGAGGCCGGCAGAUGGAAUAUGUCUGAUGUACCAGGUUCUGAGGAGUUCAUCAAAUGUGACCUGGUUCUCCUGGCGAUGGGAUUCUUGGGGCCAGAGAAAAAGAUUUUGGAGGAGCUGAAGGCAAAGCUAGACCCCCGGGGAAAUCUGGAGACCCCUCGUAAUAAGUACUCCACAAGUAUCCCCAAUGUGUAUGCUGCUGGGGAUUGUAGGCGUGGCCAGUCACUAGUGGUGUGGGCAAUCUCUGAAGGUCGACAGGCGGCCCGUCAAGUUGACUUUGAUUUGAUGGGACCUACCAGUUUGGCGGGGCCCGGGGGAAUAGUGUAUCAGCCUGAGCAGUGAUUGACAGAGUGGGUGGAGUCAGGCUAGGACAACAGGGGAGAGAAUCUGUCAAAGGGAGGUCACUGUGUACUAGCAAAGGACAUAUCUAACAUGGGGGGAUUAUAACCAGUUGUGGGAAGUUUUCUUUGUCAAGAGCAGAACAAACAUUGUGUGAUAUAAAUAGAAAAAUAUUUAAGUUGUAGAUGUAAAACUUCGAUGUAAAGCAGGGAACUUUGUUCAUAUACAGAUAACAGGUGUGAAUCUCAUUUUAAUUGGAUUUUGAAUUUUGUCUUUAUCAGUGCUUGUAGAAAUGUUUGAAAGUGAUUGAUUCUUGUUAGACCUUAUGAAAAUGAUGUAUUAUUUGUCAAUAAUUAUAAAAUGAUGGAUGGGUUUACAGAAAUUAACUGAAAAAUUGUAAUGUUGUAAAGAGAAGUAGGUCAAAUACAACUUGUUGUCACAGCUCUAUUUAGUAUUAAUAUGUGUAGAAACAUUUUU